UAGCUGGUCAGAAAAUGAACCAUUCAGUUCAAGAGAGACAGCUGGUACAACAAGUUACCACAACGAAAACGAUUUACCUAACCAUGAAACCGAAGCAACUUUUGGCAGCAGCUCUCUGUCUAGCUGCUUCCAUUAUUCUGGAGACAAAGGCACAGGAAAAUGCAAUGUUGCAAAUUCCACCUUCAUUGGUUGAGUGUUAUAAUACAUCAUACUUCAUGAAUCGGGAUAAUCGUCUACCAGCCAACAUGGAUACGCUUAUUUCUCUUAUCGAAAAAGUAGAAAAUAGCUACGCAUCUAGUUCAGGUGUACAAGCCGAUAUUCGAACCGUGUCGGUAGCCUUGCUGCAUCGUUUCCGUCAAGAUGGCAUUAAGAAGGCCGCUGGAAUAAAUGCAGCGGACGGGGUAAUACCGUACAGUCCAACAGGCUUUCAGUUUCCAAAGUUAAAAAUUUUGCUCUCAGGGCUUAUACCGGGAAACGCCUAUACCUUUCCCAACAGUUCAUUGACAAGAGUGGAGCGGUGCUCCCUCCAUUUUAUGCUAUCAAGCACCUUUGACACAAGAACGCGCGGCGAUGAAAACAAUGUGUGCAAUCAACUCUCUCAGUAUAGAGCCCAGCGACUGCCGAGAUCCUUAAGAAAGGAGCAUGACAAUAAUUUUAUAAGCGAUUCUGAAUGGCUGGAAGCACGCCCGAAACGAGGACGAUCAUCCGACUCAGUAUCAAAAUACGAACAAUUGGGAGAAUUAGACUACGAAUCCGACUGGGCUUAUGCCGGCCCUGAAACUAGCCAAUGCCCUGUCGAGGACGGUUUAGUACGAACACGCUGGGGAACUAUUUCUGGAGGCACUCUGAUCGCCGGUAUUGCUGCUGGUGUCCAGCAGCAGACAGUGCAACUUAAUCAGCUAUUGACCCGGGCUACCCCACUACGCGCUCGUAGUCGCAGUCAGUCCCAGACUAGCAAUACUAUUGACAACAGGUGGGCGGCGACUUUGGCCGGGGAGUUGGCGGAAGUCACGUUGGUCCAACUACCAGUGUCGAAUGGCAAUUCCGCUUCCGUUGGGGCUACCGGUGGAUGGAAUGACACAGUCCUACCCCAUUGGUACUUCCUAUCGCAGCGCAACAACCUUGAGGCUACCGAUGCCGAGAUCCGUGGUGGCCUUGAUGGUCUGAUUCUGGCUAAGAAUGUGGCCAGUUGGAGGACUCAAGCAUCAAGCCUUAAACUUUCCCAAUUGCUGCGCAUGUACUACUCAACAAAUGGUGUCCUUAGUUCAGGGAUCAACGCCUGCAGUAGGCAAAAUCAAUUCACAAAUGUGGCUCCAUCGCAGGAAAUGGAGGACCAGACAAAUGCGUUUGCCGUAGUACUGGAUCGGCAGAUGCAGCUGCGUGUCACCCUCCAGCCUUCCCUUAUUUCCCAAUUUGCUGGUAACGCUACCGCAUCUCUGGUGACGUAUGUGCCACAAUCGUUAAACGAUGUCUCUUGCGUGGCCACCAGUAAUCUUGAUUUGACAGAUUCCAUAACUCCAAUGACUAACCUGUAUCUCUUCUUGGAUACUUCUUGGCAAUAUAGCACCAUUGUUGACUAUGUAGCUUAUGUUAUCCAGCAGCUUAAUAUUCACCCCUAUGCCAGCACAAUCACAAUGCUUUCCGCACAAGAUGGAUCGAUUAUCGUAAACACCACAAACUAUAUUACCGAUGUCUAUCAGCAAUGGAAUGCCACUUCACAGGCGACUUAUACUCAGGGAUUCAACCUUCCUAAUGUUCUGCGUACAAUUCAAAAUCUAACCCAGAACUUAAUGAAUGAAGAAAAGACUAAUUCGAGCUUAAGUGGUCACUCACUAGUAGCUCUUAUCAUUCCGAAUCAGCAAACGGUCAAUGAUGGUGACUCCAGUUACGCCACUACAGAAAUUCAGUACAUUCAGGAGCAAAUUCCAGACCUGCGUUUUAUAUAUUAUGGUGGUGGAAGCAUUCAACGGUUUUCAAGCUUUGUCCGAGAUCCCACCCAAGACCUUUUCUCCCUCACGUUGGGCAGUACACCGGCGACUUCAGCGGGGCCCGUAGCAAAGCGCAUUGUCCAAAUUCCCCGUCGCAUUAUUAAUCCACGUUGUGGAUCAAGUUGGUACACAAAUAGCUGGGGUACUGAUCAAACAGCUCAAUAUGUUGGACCUGGAAAGGUGAAUUUUUACCGAGUUUCUGCUAACUAUUUCUUUGGCACUGGUGCGAAUCGCUUUUUGACCAUUCAAUCUCAGAAUGGAGGAACUUAUACCAUAUGCACUUCACGUACAUAUGCAUGGCCGCAGCAAAACUCAACUACUCUUUCUACAGCAAGCUCGAUAGCUCAGAGUUGCACACAAAUAAGUGGAAAUAGUUAUAGCUACGAUCUUUCAAGUGCCUGUGAGGGCUACUAUACUAUCACCCAGUGUCCAGACUUGUAUUUGUCGGUCCAAGCUACAUCAAAUACCACGUCCUGUACACAAGAUGCUUGCCAGACCCCUGAUCAAUGGCGUUAUAUAAUGUCAAUGGUCAACAUGGGAUGCUACAGCGGUGUUUCGGGUCUAGCAGCCAGCCUACUAACAAUUAUAUUUGCAUUGUUAGCUCUAAUGCAGAUUCAAUGAUUGGUAACUAGUGUAUGGUAGUAUUAGUGGUACUGCCGCAGGUUUUAAAUCAUAAGUCAUGUCUCUUUUCGCAAACAACUAUUUUUUCGUUUCGCAUUAAUCUUGUUUCAAUAAACAGUCCUAAAUAAAUUUCCUGAAUAUAA